GGUGGACGGCCUUCCUACCUCCUGGCCUCGGUCAAUCGUCGCCGUCACGAUUCCCGGUGUCGGUGUCGAGACCUACGCCCUACCAUACGUCCAAGGAGACAGUCUGACUCGAAGCUUGUGCCUGGCGGGUGCGGCUUUCACACUGGUCCAUUUCGCCCUUGCUGCGACGAUUGCACAAGUCAUCAAGAAUUCAUGCGACAAAGAGGUCGAGAAACA